UUCUCAUUUCCCAGCGCGUGUUGUUAGUUCAGUUCGUCUCUGUCCAUUUCCAAAACAAACUUUCGAAAACAUGUUUUCGAUUCUCCGAAGCAGCAAAACGAAAACGAAAGCAGCGUUUUCAAUUCUCAAACAACUCAGCACCCAAAACUCCCUCACAAAUACAAUCCUAGGGUUCCCAUUUUCCCAACAACAACAAAAAGCGACGUCGUCUUCCUUCUCAUCCUCAUCCUCAUCAUCACCGUACGACCACAUCAGAGCCAACGUGAAUUGCCCACGCUGCGAGCACCAAAUGCCGUUACUGUUCUCGAACCGCCCGUUAUCUAUAACGGCGCGAGAGCCGAACGGCGUGUACCAGGCGCUGAACCUGUGCCCCAAUUGCAAAACGGCGUUCUAUUUCAAGCCGUUUAAGCUGGAGCCAUUGCAAGGUAGCUUCAUCGAGAUUGGGAGGGUGAAGAGUGACAGUGUGGACUCGGAUGGGAAUAGCGAGAAACGUUUGGGUAGUUUUGGAAAACCAAAAUUUUGUAAGGAAAAUGAGGCGGAUGAGGAGGAGGAUAAUGAUGAAACGGCGUCGUGUUUGGGGAAGAAGGACUUGCCCACGCCUAAGGAGAUCGUUAAGUUGCUCGACCACUUCGUCGUUGGCCAAGAAAGAGCCAAAAAGGUGCUUUCAGUGGCUGUUUACAACCACUACAAAAGGAUAUAUGAUGCUUCCCUUCAUAAGAAGUCAGGCAUUGAACGGGGUACUAACGAAGUUGAAAAUGAGGACAAUGAUUCUGUUGAGCUGGAGAAGAGCAAUGUAUUGCUGAUGGGUCCCACUGGCUCAGGGAAGACGUUACUUGCAAAAACACUAGCUCGUGUUGUGAAUGUGCCAUUUGCCGUUGCUGAUGCAACAACGUUAACACAGGCAGGUUAUGUUGGAGAAGAUGUGGAAUCAAUAUUGUAUAAGCUACUCGUGGAAGCUGAGUUCAAUGUUGAAGCAGCUCAGAAAGGCAUUGUCUACGUUGAUGAAGUUGAUAAGAUUACUAAGAAGACUGAGAGCUUAAACGUUGGUAGAGAUGUUUCUGGAGAGGGUGUUCAACAGGCAUUGCUAAAAAUGCUGGAAGGAACGAUAGUGAGUGUUCCCGAUAGAGGAGCUCGGAAGAAUCCUCGUGGUGAUUUCAUUCAGAUGGAUACCAAAAAUAUACUCUUUAUUUGUGGUGGGGCAUUUGUUGAUUUGGAGAAGACGAUUUCAGAGAGACGACAAGAUUCUUCCAUUGGCUUUGGAGCUCCAGUUCGUGCAAACAUGAGAACUGGUGGAUCAACCAAUGCUGUAGUGACAUCCUCGUUGUUGGAAUCUGUAGAAAGUGGUGAUCUUAUUGCAUAUGGCCUCAUACCUGAAUUCGUUGGAAGAUUUCCAAUUUUAGUGAGUUUAUCAGCUUUAAAUGAAGACCAACUUGUUCAGGUCCUCACAGAACCGAAAAAUUCUCUUGCUAAACAGUACAAGAAGAUGUUCAGCAUGAACAAUGUAAAGUUACAUUUUACUGAGAAUGCUUUGAGAUUGAUUGCAAAGAAAGCAAUGGCAAAGAACACUGGUGCCCGAGGUUUAAGAGCCAUAUUAGAAAAUAUUCUUACAGAAGCAAUGUUUGAGAUUCCGGACAUCAGGGUGGAAAAUGAUCCUAUAAAUGCAGUUUUGGUUGAUGAAGAGGCUGUUGGGUCUGUGGCUGCUCCUGGAUGUGGAGCAAAAAUACUUCAUGAUGAUGGUGCAUUCAAUCAAUUGCUCUCUGGAAAAAAGUUCAGGGAUCCCAUGGGAGGUGGGGUGUCUGAGAGUGAAUUUUUGGAAGGUGAAUUGCAUGUUCAGUCAAGAGCCAUUCGUUUAUAAAUUUUAUGUAAUUUAAAAUGUGUAAAGAACAUAUGUGUAUAAAUUCAUGUUUCAAGUUCUCUUUUUCCUGGGUCUUCUAACAAUAUAAUGAAGCUUGUCGAGAACUAGAUUCACCUCAA